AUGCAUGAUUGCCCUGUGUUCAUGAGCGACACCAUCCCGGAUAAGCAGCUGCAGAGACUACUAUUAUUGAGGGCAUAUGAUGAGAAACACAUGAUGGUGGACUCGGAGGUGGUUGAGGGAAACCAGCUCGAAGGCUUCAGUAAAGCCAUGUUGGCGGAUGAGAAGGUCAGGUAUAUCAACGUCCAUAACGCAGAACCUGGUUGUUUUGCGUUCAAGAUUGAGCGCGCCUGA